GUGCUGUUUAGUAGUGAUUCAGUAUUUCCAGAAAAAGCAUUUUGCGAAAGCGAAAAAAACGCUGCGCCGCUGUCGCGAUAAUCUGUUCCUUACGUAAAGCAACUGGAAGUGGAGUUUACCAAGAGAUAAGUGCUGAAGUUACGGUCAAAGUGAAAAAUCGAUAAAUUUCUGCAGAAAAGGAAAUCGACUUUUUUUUAUAUAACGUGGUGCAUACAGUCGGAUCAGACAAAAAACUGCACUCGAUUCGGUUUGAAAAUCGAUAAUUUUUCUCUGUUCUCGAAAGUUUAGCAUCAGCAUCAAAAUCAAGACCGAACAAAGUAAACGGCACAAGAUGGUGAAAGAAACAGGUUUCUACGAUAUAUUAGGCGUAAAGCCUGGCUGUUCCCAGGACGACCUGAAGAAGGCUUACAGAAAACUGGCUCUGAAGUACCACCCGGACAAGAAUCCAAAUGAAGGAGACAAGUUCAAACAGAUCUCGAUGGCGUACGAAGUUCUGUCGGACCCAGAAAAGAAGGCCAUCUAUGACGAAGGUGGUGAACAAGCCAUCAAGAAGGGCGGUGGUAGCGGCGGCGGCGGCUUCCACAGUCCGAUGGACAUCUUUGAAAUGUUCUUCAAUGGAGGAAUGGGCGGACGAAGCAAACGAGAACGCCGUGGCAAGGAUCUGGUCCACCAGCUCUCGGUCACGUUGGAGGAACUGUACUCGGGUACCACCAGAAAGUUAGCUUUACAAAAGAACAUUAUCUGUGAUCAAUGCGAGGGUCACGGCGGCAAGAAGGGUGCUGUCCAGAAAUGCUCACCGUGUCGUGGUACCGGUGUCGUGACCAAGAUCCAGCAGCUGGCUCCAGGCUUUGUCCAACAGUUUGAGGAAGCAUGCCGUCAGUGUCGAGGAAUGGGCGAAAUCAUCGACGAGAAGGACAAGUGCAGAAAGUGCAAUGGGCGGAAAACAGUACGAGAUCGCAAGAUACUUGAAGUGAACGUAGAAAAGGGAAUGCGCGACGGACAGAAGAUUGUAUUCUCUGGCGAAGGUGAUCAAGACCCCGACUUGCAACCCGGCGAUAUUGUGAUAGUUCUGGACGAAAAGGAACAUCCUAUUUUCAAGCGAUCUGGCCAGGAUCUGAUCAUGCACAUGCAACUGCAGCUGGUCGAGUCGCUUUGUGGUUUCCAGAAGAUAAUCCGAACGCUGGACGAUCGGGAUCUGGUCAUCACUUCCCAUUCCGGCGAAGUUAUGAAGCAUGAGGCAAUCAAAUACGUGUCCGGUGAGGGAAUGCCUCAAUACAAGAACCCGUUCGAGAAAGGACGGCUUAUCAUGCAAUUCUUCAUCGCGUUCCCGGAUUCCAUACCGAUCGAUAUGGUUCCCAUCUUGGAACAGUGUUUACCCGGACGGCCCGUAGUGAAGGUUCCCGAAGACGUCGAAGAAUGCAACAUGCUUGAACUGGACCCAGAGCACGAUCGUCGAAGUGGUCUCUAUAAGAACGCUUACGACGAGGACGAAGACCACCACGGUCCGGGAGUGCGAGUGCAGCAGUGUGCCACCAGUUAAGCGCAUUUCCUUCCAACAUGGAGGAAAAGACAUUGCUGUAUAGGGAAAGGAACGAAAGCAAGGGAGCGAAGGAGUGGGCGUUAACUCUGUCAGUGUGUCUGUCAGCGCAUUAGAUGCUAAAUUAGGAACUUAGUUUUUUUUCUUAACCAAAACCGCCGUUUAAGAUAAAAAAAAGAGCAGAGAGGAAACAGAGAAAAUCAACACAAGCAGCAACUCUUAACCGCUCGCAGUUUGGGAAAUCUAUUGGCAAAGAAACAGGACAGUGUAACAACCUUUUGAAUUUACAUGCUUUAGACGUAUGAAGGAAUCGUACUUUCGAUAAAGAAAAAGAUAAAUUUGGCAAAUAUACUUCACAAGCUGCUCUCCGUCAUUCAUUCCAAAAAAAGAAGAAGAUCAGCAACACCACUAUCAUAUUUGCUAUCUUAUCAUCCAAUAAAAGAGGUAUUUUUUGUUCGGAAUUAAUUUGUCUUUCAGUUGAUUUUGUGAAGAGAACACUCAUUUUUUCCAUUAUAGCCUUUCGUUAGGAGCGUUGAUUUUCCUUCGUUAUACAAUUAUCAGUAGCAUGCUCAUAGCACCACCAGUAGGGUUAAACCUUUCUGAACUACUUAGCACAUUUGUCAAAGAAGGUAACUUAUUUUUUAUCCAUCUAUUUAUGUUUUCUACUCUAUGCUAGCAAAAGCCUUGCCCACAUUUCUACUCGUUGAACAUUCGACCAGGUGGAAAGGGUGAGGUAUAAAUGUGUAAGACACAGUUAAUUAAACAUGAAAUGCAAAAGGAAAAACAAGAUAACAAUACGUCAACUACUACUAGCUGGAAGAAUAUUUAAUGGGACAACCAUAAAUUAAACCAUACAUAGGAAAAGAUAUUCGGGAUGCAAGCAACAGGACAGUUUUGGACCUUCUAUUCUCCGUCUGGAAAGAAAUAAGGAUUUAAAAUAAAACAGGAAAACUAAAUAAAAUAUUUUAUCAUUGUCUGUAACUUCCAUA